UGGGGACAGAUAGGUAGCCGGAGGGUAGCAGUGGGGACAGGAGAGUGCUACAGGCCUCCUCAGAGAUUUGGGCCGCAGAGGGCUUCAGGAUUUAUUGAUCAUGGAGUGUGCGCCCUGCUUGUUGCUGCUGCUCCUGCCGCUGCUGGGCGCCUCUGUGACCGAGCCAGAGCCCUGCCAAGUGGACGAUGAAGAUAUCCGCUGCGUCUGCAACUUCUCGGAUCCGCAGCCCGACUGGUCCAGCGCCUUCCAGUGCAUGCCCGCCGUGGAGGUGGAGAUGUGGGGCGGCGGGCACAGCUUGGAGCAGUUUCUGGGGCGCAUCGAUCCCAACGCUGACCCGCGGCAGCACGCCGACUUGGUAAAAGCUCUGCGCCUGCGGCGGCUCACAGUGGGCGCGGCGCGGGUACCAGCCGUGAUAUUGCUGGGUGUCCUGCGUAUGCUGGGGUACUCCCGCCUCAAGGAACUGAGGUUCCGGGACAUAGAGGUGACAGGCCCCAUGCCCCCUCCGCCACAGCCCCAGGAAGCCACGGGACCUGCGCUUUCCACUUUGGAACUUCACAAUGUGUCGUGGCCCACAGAGGGCGUCUGGCUCUCCGAACUGCAGAAGUGGCUCAAGCCGGGCCUCAAACAACUGAGCAUUACCCAGGCACACACUCUAGCCUUUUCCUGCGAACAGGUUCGGCCCUUCUCCUCUCUCACUACCUUGGACCUGUCUGACAAUCCUGGUCUGGACGAGGGUGGGCUGGUGGCAGCUCUCUGUCCCCACAAAUUCCCUGCGCUGCAACAGCUAUUGCUGCGGAAUGCCGGGAUGAAGACGCCCCAGGGUGUGUGUGCCGCACUGGACAAGGCCGGGGUGCAGCCGCACCACCUCGACCUCAGCCACAAUUCGCUGCACACUGACGUUUCUGGGUGCCUCUGGCCCAGUGUGCUGAACUCCCUCAAUCUAUCCUUCACUGGACUGGAGCAGGUGCCUAAGGGGCUGCCGGCCAAACUCAGCCUGCUGGACCUCAGAUGCAAUAAGCUGGUUAGGGCCCCUCAGCCGGAUGAGCUACCCAAGGUGGGUACCGUAUUACUGGAUGGAAAUCCCUUCCAGGUCCAUGGAGCUGCCAAACAAGAGGACUUGACAGGCUCCGGUGUUUUGCCAGCAUGUGCGCAUUUGCCCCUGGCGAUGGGGGUGUCAGGGACCUUGGCACUGCUCCAGGGAGUGCGGGGUUUUGCCUAAUGACCACGUGCCUAAUGACAAGGUUCUUACUGCUUUGGUUUCUGGGAAGCAGCAUGGAUAGGGCCUUUGGGAUUUGUGAACCAAACAACCUUGCGCCGCACUUUAUUAAAAUCUUAAACAAUG